CCCGAAUUGUGAGGUCGGCCUGUACAACUUAUUGUUUGGAUGCGCCGUGUUGCCGUGGUGCCUGCUAUGGCCUGAGGAAUCGGACCUGUUUUGCCGACGCGUUAUUGUGGUGUUAUUGUGGUGGCCCUUGUCCCACUUUCGCUUCUUCUUCUUUUCAGCCUUUCCCAUAUCACUCUAUCGUACCAGCUUCUGCCAUUAUCUAAUCACAGCCACAUGGGGUGCACGGCUAGAGGCGCUUUGCGGGGCUAUGCGGAAAGAUGAAGAGGGUGGAGAGUAUGGGGAACAUGCGGGCUAAGGUGCUCAAUGGCGGCGGUCGUUGUAACGUGUGACAAGUCCACCACAGAGCUUGGCGAUUGCGCUUGGCGAUUGCGCUUAGUGAUUGCACUGUCGUAGCAGACACACACUGUCGUUGCGGACAACCAAUGCACAUUAUUAGCCACCCGUUCGUUGAAAUGGCGGCUAAGAAUGUAACAAUAAAAUAACCUCUGCAACCUCUGCAACCCCUGCAAUCCCCCCAUUUCCCCCGCAUCGCCGUUGAGGAGAUGAUGGUGCAUUUCCACAGAGGAGUCUCCCGAGGACCAUUAGAUGCGGGAAGGCACGAAUCCCUACAAUGGUUGCAUUGACACCUUGGCUAGAAACCUAACGGUUCCGAGAUGAUCUUUGAUGGUCAUAGACGCUUUUGUAUAAACUGGGAUCGUCGCCUCCCUUUACCAACAACUAGAAUCCAGCGACUCACAGAGAUUAGGAAGCACUCAAAGAUGCGUUUCACUCAAGUCUUCGCGGCCUUCAUGGUCACCUUAGCCGGCGUCGAUGCCCUGACUACCCCACAGCCUGCCUCCUCCGUCAAGGUCAAUCCCCUACCCGCCCCGUCCUCGAUCACCUGGGGCACCUCGGGACCUAAAAGGGUCGCCGGCGGACUCGUCGUCCGCACGAUCUACAACCAGGCUGUCAGCGAUGCCUGGAACCGCGCGUUUAAGGCCAUCACGCAGCUCAAGUGGGUUCCAGCGACCUGGGAGGCUCCCAUCCCUGAGUUCGAGAAGUUCCCAGGCACAAAGCGCACCACCCCCUCCCCUCUGAUCAUUGAAGUCAGCAUCACGAUUGACGACUACGAGGCCGAUCUGCAGCACGGAGUCGACGAGUCCUACACUCUCGACAUAAGCGAGAAAUCGCAGUCCAUCGACAUCACUGCAAAGACAAUCUGGGGUGCCUUCCACGCCUUUACUACCCUCCAGCAGCUCAUUAUCUCCGACGGAAAUGGCGGCCUUCUCGUCGAGCAGCCAGUCUCUAUUAAGGACAAGCCGCUCUACCCAUACCGUGGUAUCAUGGUUGACACUGGCCGCAACUUCGCCAGCCUUGGGAAGAUCCGCGAGCAGAUCGACGGCAUGUCCCUGUCUAAGCUAAACGUCCUACACUGGCACCUUGACGACAACCAGUCGUGGCCCGUCAAGAUGAACGUCUACCCAGAAAUGAUCAAGGGUGCCUACUCAGCCCGCGAGGUCUACACACACGGCGACAUCCAGGGCAUUGUCGCCUACGCACGUGCCCGCGGCGUUCGCGUCAUCCCUGAGAUUGACAUGCCUGGCCACUCGUCGGCUGGCUGGAAGGAGGUUGACCCAGACAUCAUCGCCUGCGAGAACUCGUGGUGGUCGAACGACGUCUGGCCGCUCCACACCGCCGUCGAGCCUAACCCAGGGCAGCUCGAGCUAAUGAACCCUAAGACCUACGAGGUCGUCGAGAAGGUCUACAACGAGCUCUCGCCCCUCUUCCCCGAGCACUUCUUCCACGUCGGCGGUGACGAGCUCCACCCCAACUGCUACAACUUUAGCAAGUUCUCCCAGGAUUGGCUUGCUGAGGACUCGUCACGCACCCAGAACGACAUGCUCCAGCACUGGAUGAACAUGACCCUACCCAUAUUUACCAAGCCAAAAAACAGCCGCCUAAUUAUGUGGGAAGACAUCCUUCUCGCCAAUUUUCAUGCCACCAAAAUUCCCAAGGACGUUAUCAUGCAGACCUGGAACCUAGGCCUUACUAAUAUUAAAAAGCUAACUGGCCUCGGCCACGACGUCAUCGUAUCCUCGGCCGACUGGUUCUACCUCGACUGCGGCCACGGCGGCUGGGUUGGCAACGACGCCCGCUACAACGAGAACGUGAACCCGAACCCGGACGUGCCCAACUUUAACUUCGGCGGCAUCGGCGGCUCGUGGUGCGCCCCGUAUAAAUCGUGGCAGCGAAUUUACGAUUACGACUUCACGGAGGGCCUAACCGCCGAGGAGGCCAAGCGUGUCAUCGGCGUCACCGCCCCGCUCUGGUCCGAGCAGGUCGAUGACACUGUCAUCUCUAGCAAGAUGUGGCCUCGCGCCGCAGCACUCGCCGAGCUCUCGUGGUCCGGAAAUAAGAAUGCCGCUGGCAAGAAGCGCACUACAGAGCUGACGGCGCGCAUCUUGAACUUCCGCGAGUACCUCGUCGCGAACGGUGUCCAGGCCGCCCCACUCCAGCCAAAGUACUGCCUACAGCACCCGCACCACUGCGAUCUGGCAUAUGACCAGACCAUUAUGCAUUAAGCGGAGCGGAGAGGAGCUGAUAGAGGGAGUUGAGUGAAGGGUGAUUGUUAAGGGUGCGAGAGAAGUAAAAGGGGAUUGCUUUGAGGAUUUACACUAGAAAAGAUGGCCUGGCUUUAACAAGAUAAAUAUCAUGACGGGGAGAGCA